AUGACCGGAAAAAUUGGGCUUCUCGCAUUGUCCCCGCGAAAUAUCGGAAAUCUCAAGGAGCUUCUAACAACAGCAGCGAGCGCAGUUUCCAAUAAACUGUAUAUAAGAUUUAAUCCGGAUCAACCAAGAACUGACGAUGUUGUUGGAAAAAUUUAUCUUUAUUCAUCCUCCAAAUGCCCAAAAUUAGACGUGCGUGUGUUAACGAAGGCUCAGAAUCCAGAAGAUUAUGCGUUGAUUGGAGAUGUAAAUCCUGAAGAAACCCAAUCAGUUACUCCGAAAUACAAAAAUAUUGUGCUGGGCGGAACGUUUGAUCGAUUACACAAUGGCCACAAGGUUCUACUGACUAAGGCAGCUGAGAUGGCCUCGGAGAGGGUUGUUGUUGGAGUUACAGAAAAGAAUAUGAUUUUGAAGAAAUCUCUUUACGAGAUGAUCGAGCCGGUUGAAUAUCGAAUGGAAAAGGUCGCCGAGUUUGUUGAAGACAUCACAUUCAACGUCAAAUGCAUCACCGAGCCUAUCGUUGAUCCUUUUGGACCGUCGACUCGCAUGGAAGAUCUUGAAGCGAUUGUUGUGAGCCGAGAGACAAUUAAAGGAGCAGAUGCUGUGAAUCGGAAGCGCGAUGAAAAAGGAAUGCCACAGUUGGACGUGAUUGUCGUCGAAUUAGUCGAAGGCGUCGAUGAAAUUCUCAACGAGACCAAAAUAAGCUCGUCGACAAAGCGAAGAGAGGCGCUCGGAACAUACUUGCGAGCACCGAAGCAUUUCGAGAGGCGGCCAUACGUUAUCGGAUUGACUGGCGGAAUCGCAUCGGGCAAAUCGAGUGUUGCCAAAUAUCUCAAGCAAAAGCAUGGAUUCGAUGUGAUCGAUUGCGAUCAACUUGCUCAUUCGUGCUAUGAGCCGGGAAGUGUCUUGUGUCAGAAAAUUGGCGAGACGUUCGGAAUUGAUGUGGUCGUCGAUGGAGUUGUCGAUCGAAAGAAGCUCGGAAGCAUCGUUUUCGGAGAUUCCGCAAAACUUCACCAAUUAAACCAAUUGGUGUGGCCUGUUGUUCAAGAACGCGCCAUGAAGCUGAUCGAGCAGUCGACUUCGAAAGUCGCCGUGAUCGAAGCCGCCGCUCUCAUCGAAGCCGGCUGGCAUAGACAGCUGCCCGAAGUGUGGACGGUCUUCAUUCCACCGGAGGAGACGAUUCGGCGUGUUGUCGAUCGCGACAAUGUCAGCGAGGAGCAGGCGAACGCAAGAAUGGCGUCGCAGAUAACGAAUAAGGAGCGCAUCGACAAUUCGAAUGUGGUUUUUUGCUCAUUAUGGGACUACACGGAAACGCGGGCUCAAGUCGAUAAAGCGGUAAAAACUCUCAUGGAACGCAUCCAGUAA